AUGAUUUCUUCAACCGAUGUUGGCGGAUCGGCAUUUACACCGGUGAUGAUUCCCAAGUCACCUUCCAGUGAAAUUGAUGGGGAAAGAGAUGUUGACUUUCACUGGAGAAAUAGCAGUCCAAGCCAAAUGCCUUUUUCUCGUCAUUUCUGGUCCGUUUGGGGACCGUAUUCUCCCACCUUCGGCCCUUCCGCUAUGGAGCAUGUUUUAAAGCCGUCAAGCCCACCGCUAUGGCCAAUGUGCUCAUUUGGAGGACCAGCGUAUCCAUCUCUUUGGAAAGAGCGAUUCCAGUUUAGAUUCGCAGCGUGUUCUGAUGAAGAGAAGCCGAGCCAGUCUUACAUUGGACUUAUCGCUGAAGCGAUUCUUAGCUCACCAGAAGAAAAGCUUAUCUUGAGUGAUAUCUACAACUACAUUCUUACUCACUACCCUUACUUCAGAAACAAGGGAACUGGCUGGAGAAAUAGCAUCCGCCACAAUCUCUCUCUGAAUGACUGCUUUGUCAAAGCCGGUCGCAGCCCAAAUGGAAAAGGUCAUUUCUGGGCAAUCAGUUCUCUUUAUUAUGACGAUUUCCGACGUGGUGACUUUAGAAGGAGAAGAAUACAAAAACGAUCACACAAGAGCAGAAGAAACUCCAGUGAGUCCAAAGAAGAUGUUGUUAUCUGCAAGGCGGAAAGCAGCGAAGAGGUAGAAAACGUCCCUGAAGACCCAGACGAGUUUCUCGAAUGUUCAAAACCUGAGCGCGUUGAGCAGAAAAAAGAGGAAGUGACUGAGAAAGUGGAAGUAUCUCAGGAAAAGCGUAAGUCAUUCGACAUGGCCAGCUUACUAGCUCCAGACAGAGGCCAAAAAGAAGGAGGGUUGCUUGUGCCAGUCUAUCCUCGUCCAUUUGAUCCGACUCUCGUUUACAACUCCUUCCCAACCCAUUCUGGUGAAUAUGUGGCUACGUCGCCCGCUUUUGAUCGGCUUCACUCUGGUGAACCCACCAGAUUAAUCUUUCCUUACAAUUAUAGACUUGCCUGCUAA